GCGUUGUAAAGGGCACACAUAAAUUUGCGCAUAACAUAAAUGUCCCCAAAACUAACUGCCGCACCAGUGCAGACGGAUUGAGAAUGUCUGCUCCUCAAAUAGUGAAGCAGAUUUUAUGUCUGGCCCUUUGUUUGGAUAUGGUACGAGAGCAAAAGUCCUUACUCUGCGAAUACAAAGCUGCACCACCAUCAAGCCUCAAUGACUCUCUCGCAAAGUUUCUCCCUUCUCCUUCCUAUCGUCCAUCUGGUUACCACAAAAUAUCUUUUCAGCAGUUGUCUGUCAAGGAGUGUGCGCAGUUAUGCCUUCAAGUGGCUGGAGAAAAUAUUUACAACUGUAGUUCCUUUGAACACAUAACAGCUACACGUGAUUGUCUUUUGACGGAGCUCUCGUGUAAAGAUCAUGAACUAUUGCUCGAUAACUCAAGAUCUUUUUAUCAACUGAAAGGCCCAAAUAGAACGACGCCCUGUGCAGCUGUUUCUUCCUCGACUUCUUUGUCUACAAGCUUCAUUCGACCAUCCACAGUGUCUCAAAUCGCGUCUUUUACUAGCACAAUCGCAACUUCUCAGGAUACACCAAGAUUAAAGAGCGAAAGUAAUAACCUAACGUUUCAAGUAAAGCUGCGACUGGAAAACGAGUCUUGGAGACUUUCUUAUGAAAACAAAAGCAGUGGUAUGUCCUUGAACAUGUCGUCUGCCUUAGAGGAAAACAUCUUCCUAGUUAUAGGUAAUGCUUCUUCACUUCUGCAAGUAUCAGUACUUCAACUAAGGAAUACCAGCGGCUUGGUUAUCGCAGAUAUUCGUCUAACGUUUUCAGGGGAGUUCCACUUGCGUCAUACGAACCAAUUUUACAGUUUCCUCUCCAAAAGUGGACGCUUAGGGUCCAUGCCAAUCAGUGUCAUCAAUGAUACAUUUCCAGGAAAGCCGCCCGAGCAAUUAAACGUCACCGUACAAGGCCCAACAGCGCUUCAUGUGUCAUGGUCAUCUGAGAGAAAACGACAGGUGAUAGAGAACUGGGGCCUAAGAGUCAUUUACAAAGCCACUGAUAACAUUAUACGCAGUGUUUUAGUGAAGGAGAGCCAAUCAGAAGUUAAUAUAUCAAGAUUACAACCUGGUACUACAUACACAAUUUGGACCGUACGCGUCACUUCAAAAGGCUUCGGGUUCCCCUCGAAAGCUCUCAAUAUCACCACUCGGCAUCGAGCUCCACAGGAUGUCAGUAUACACUUCAAAGUGUUACUAAUGAAUGUGUCAUGGGACACUCAGCUUGGAAACAAGAGUAGCGAAACGUCUAUGAAUUUGUCGUCGGUUAUAGAAACCAGCGUCAUAGUCUUACAUCAAAAUGAAUCAUCCUUCAAGAACGUCUCAAGUAUACAAAUCAGCAGCAACUACAGUGGUGAGACUUUGGUCUCCAUGGAAGCCCUUUACAAUCCAAACACUAAAAUGAGAGACCUCUACAACAUAUAUGAGGCUCUCUACAUCGAGAAAAGGCUGCAAAACCUGCAAAUAAAAGUGAUCGACGACAACAUUCCAGGAAAGCCGCCGAGGAAUCUAACGUCAAUUCCACUGAGUCCUUCCUCUAUCAAUGUCACAUGGAACUUUCCUCAAUCGAACCACUGUGAGGUUUUCCCUCUUCAAGGAUUCCGUACUUUCUAUUCUUUACAAAAAAAUGUGACUAAUAUUCAAUUCGUGGACGUCAAAAGCCCUAAAAAUUAUAUCUUCAUACAAAAUCUGGAAAAUUUUAAAUAUUACUCGCUUUGGGUACAAACGAUAACUUCACGAGGCCUUGGGCCAAAAAGCACAGUAGUGCUAGCAAGGACGUUAGAAAAAGUUGUUCCUAUCAACGCAUCCGUACAGCUGAUUAAUAAGGAAUGGACAGAUGAUUUUUUAAAUCUAACAUCGAGCUCCUUCAUGAAUCUAACAAAGCAGUUACAAACUCAGGUAGCAGGUCUUUAUCCAAACGAAACUCAUCUACGAGAUAUAGUUAUUCAUCGCUUCAGGAACGACAGUGGCAAAGUCAUUGCAGAUAUGGUAAUUAUCUUUGGUCAACAAGUGGAAAUGGAACAGUUUAUAACUCUUUACCAGGCUCUUUACCGGAAUGGCUCUCUUGGCGACUUAACGGUACACCCCACAUGGGACAAUAUCCCCGGAAAACCUCCAGAAAACAUCUCAGCACUCGCUUCAAGUACAACUAGCAUUCGAGUGAAUUGGAACAGGGUCCCAAGUGACUCGGAUAUCAUACAAUUUAAGGUAUAUUACGUAACAGCAGACAGUCAAAAUGAAACCAUUUCAAUGAUUAACGUCAAUGCAACAAAAGACAGCGUGGGGAUCGGAAACCUGGAAAAGUUUGUCAACUACACCGUUUGGGUGAGGAGUGUUUCAAGAAGGGGUCCUGGUCUCUCCAGCCUUCUGAUCUACGUCAGAACAUUGGAGGAAGUUGUACCAAUCAACUUGACAAUUCGUUUCACCAGUAUGAAGUGGAAUGCAAAUCUUUCCAAUCCAGAGAGUGGAAGCUUCAGAAACUUGUCUCAAACAAUAAGAGAAAAUAUACUUACAUUGUAUGGCCAGGAGUCGAGCUAUCUGCGAGAUGUGCGAUGUCAUCGAUUUACAAAUGGAAGUGUUUUGGCAGAUAUGACUAUUGUUUAUGGUCAAAAUGUUGGACCCCAACAGUUUCGCACUAUUUACAAAGCACUGUAUCAAGAUGGAAGACUGGGAAACUUGACCGUCCAACCAGUCAGCGAUAAUGUGCCUGGUAAACCACCAGCCAACAUAACUGCCAAAUCUAACACGUCCACCAGCAUUGAAGUCACGUGGCUAUGCGUCGACUGUCAGCAGCACAAUUUCACUGUAGCAUUUCUUAUUUCCUACAAACAUGAGAAGAGUAACCGAACAGUAGGUCGCUCGGUAAACAAGACUGUAAGGAAGCUCUUGAUAACUGGGUUGGGCAAGUACACAAACUACACGGUAUACGUGACUAGCAUAACGAGCUGGGGACUGGGUCUGCCGGGUGAACGACUAUCUAUACUAACACAAGAGGAUGUGCCCAGUCUUGCUCCGGCAAAUCUUCGCGCGCACAACACAAGUUCAACAAGCCUUCAAGUAGCCUGGGAGCCACUUCCUGUCAGUGAAAUAAACGGCAUUUUGUUAGGUUACAAAGUGACGUACAAGAAACGUGGGGUAAUCUUCGCCUUAGAGCAAAGCGUGAACACGACGCUGAAUUUCACCAUACUCAUCGCAUUGGACAAGUUCACUGUUUAUGACGUAAAUGUUUCGGCAUUUACUCGUGUUGGGAAUGGACCAGAAGCAAAUGUAACGAUAUCGACAGACCAGGAUGUUCCCAGUCUUCCGCCAACCAAUCUUGCGGCAUACAACACGAGCUCGACAAGUUUGAUGGUGACCUGGAAUCCAGUCCCGCUGGGAUUCACUCACGGGAUUGUUCGGGGAUACAUGGUGUUGUACAAAAGAGAGAAAUAUGGAAAUGAAAGUUACUCAAAUAUAACAAGCUCAGUGACCUCUGCAAACCUCACCAGUCUUGACAAAUUUACAAUGUACCUUAUCAAAGUUUUGGCGUUUACAAUAAAAGGGAGUGGUGCGGUAACAAAUGACACUCGCGUGAGAACACGCGAGGAUGUUCCCAGUCUACCACCCAAACACCUUGCAGCUCACAAUACCAGUUCAACCAGUUUAAUGGUGACGUGGUCAAAUGUGCCUGACGGAUUCGUGCAUGGUAUCCUACGAGGUUAUCGUGUUUUGUUCAAAACAGAUCAGGGCAUUUCGUACCGCAACGUGACAACAGCCAAUCAAAGCUUUGAGUUGACGAGUCUUGAAAAGUUUACAAAGUACACUGUUAAGGUUUUGGCGUUUACUCGCAUUGGUGAUGGAAAUAAAUCUGACCCUGUCACCGUGUCAACUGAUGAAGAUGUUCCAAGUCUCCCACCCAAGAACGUGAGUUCCUACAAUACAAGCUCGACCAGUGUUCAUGUAAGCUGGCAUGAGGUACCCGUUGGCUUUGUCCACGGUAUUCUACUCGGUUACCGCGUUCUAUACAAAGAAGCGAGUGCAUUGAAGAAUCAAAGCAUUGUUUCAACCUCAGCAAAUACGAAAACAAAGGAAUUGCAAGGACUACAGAAAUUCACCGUCUAUGAGAUUUCCGUCUUAGCAUUUACAAGAAUUGGGGACGGGAUCAACUCCACCACGCUAUUCGUUUCAACGGACGAGGACAUACCCAGUCUACCCCCGUCUGAUGUGGCAGCGCACAACACCAGCUCCACCAGUCUUAUGGUGAUCUGGCGUAAGGUUCCAAAGGGAUUUGUUCACGGAAUUCUUCGGGGGUACCGAGUCUUCUACAAGAAGACUGAGGAUGAAGAAAGCUAUCUCAACUCAACCACAGGCCCAACCGAGCAAGAACUUAGCAUCACAGGCUUGAAAAAGUUCACGGAAUAUUCAAUGAAAGUGUUGGCUUUCACAAUAAAGGGUGACGGAGCAGUGUCCAAUAACAUUUCUGUUACGACAGAUGAAGAUGUUCCCAGCUUGCCCCCUCAAAGGGUCCACUCGUACAACACAAGCUCUACAAGUGUGAACGUCACAUGGCUUGAGGUUCCCAUCGGGUUUGUCCACGGCAUAUUACAAGGUUACCGAGUAUUCUACAGUGUAACCGAAAACCAAUCUGCAAUUGUGCCUUAUACCAUCGUGCCUGCGAGAAAUCUGUUCAAGGAACUGACGGGGCUGAAAAAGUUUACAAACUACACUGUACAAGUGGCUGCUUUUACAAGGAUUGGAUACGGGGCAAAGUCGCUGCAAUUCAUAGUUUCUACCGAUGAAGAUGUUCCUAGUCGUUCUCCUCAAAAUCUGUGGGCUAAUAAUAUCAGUUCAACCGCACUGAGAAUAACGUGGAACCCAGUACCCACCGGAUUUGUUCACGGCAUUUUGCGAGGUUACCGAAUACUAUAUAAAGAGAAGAACAAGCCUUCAGCACCGUAUACAAAGAUCACUGUGUCUCCCGGUGUUAGAAAGAGAGAAAUACAUGAUCUCAAGAAAUUUACCUAUUACAGCAUACAGGUCCUUGCGUUUACCAUCAAAGGAGAUGGUAUCCAGUCUCCAACGGUAGAUGUUUCAACAGACGAGGACACUCCAAGCGAGACACCGCAAAAUGUUUACGCAAGGGACAAGGAAAGCGCCACAAAAAUCUCCGUGUCAUGGCAAAGUCCACCUGCACACACCAUACACGGUAUCCUUCGUGGGUACUACAUUUGGUACAGCAUCAUCAGCCUUGGUAUUCAUGAUAAAACGCCAGUUUUUCCAAAAGACUACGUCAAGAAGAAAUUAUCAGCCUCAAUGAAAAGUGACGUGCUCAUUGAUUUAGAGAGCUACGCUAAGUAUGACAUAAGGAUCGCAGCUUUUACCAGCAAAGGACAUGGACCAAUUAAAGACAUAACCACUAGAACCUGCAGAUGUCGCUCUACCAUUCCUACCAACUGGUGGAACAAUCCUCCAUACGUAAGCUCUCGACCUAACAGCAACAGCAGCAAGGAAAGUGGUAUUAUACCAGCCAUCUUGCAGCAAAUAGUAACUCACUGCUGCCAAAGCUGCGCUGAGUUUGGCACCUCGGCGGUUGACUUUACCACUGAUGCAGACGGGUUAGAAGCCAAGAAGAAUGGCGUCAUAGAGGUAAAGGAUGCAAUAAGCACCAAGACGAUGAUUUCUUUUGGAGUCGCUGGAGUGAUGCCACAGGAGACCUACCAUAGUCCUGACGGCGAUGCAGAGUAUGUACCAAUUAUGGAGACACCAGGUGUCGCUUUUAUCGUCGCUGAAAGAAGAGAUAUUCACAAGGAAGUCCUGCUCGCGAUCCUCAGCUGCUGGCCUGCUGUAGUUAUCGCAUGUGUUAUGACAUACCUGGCUGGAAUCGUAGUGUGGGCCUUGGACAUGAACUGGAAUCAUGUUGAUUUUCCCAAAUCUUUCGUUGCUGGAUCAUUGGAGGGAUUCUGGUGGUCGUUUGUUACUAUGACAACAGUUGGGUACGGUGAACGAAUUCCCAAGUCCAUCCUCGCGCGGUCUUUUGCCUUUUUGUGGACUUGGAUUGGCAUCGCCACAAUGGCGGUUGUUACUAGCAGCAUUACAGCUUCUCUAAUGAGUAUGGUGUUCCAGUCAGAGAAGAUGCUAUACGGAACAAAGUUGGCGGCCAUUGCUAACUCCAGUGAAUACCAGUUAGGACUCAGACGAAAUGCCAUACUAAACACAGACCGCUCAUACGGGAACAUAUACGAUAUUUAUGACGAUCUUGAAAAUAACCGGGUGCAUGCAGCACUUUUGGAUUCGUACUCAACAGCGAGUGAGACCAAGUUGUUCAGUAAGGACUGGAUCCGAGUAAUAGAGAUUAUUCCUGUUAGAUACGAAUCUGCUAAUGGCCUGGUGCUGACCGGAGACGCCACUAGAUUGGCGCGCUGUUUUCGGCGCUACGUGAAAUCGGAAACAAGCAGCAUACAUAGAACAAUACAGAAAAAUGUGGGAUCAAUAGAGGCAGGUGAUGUUCCUUUUGCGGUGAAGACAUCGUCAGAGUUGCUAACAGAAGAGUCCUACGUGUAUGUGAAUACAGUCAUCAUCCUUGGUGCGUCUUUAGGCGUCUUCACUUUGUGUGGUCUCUUUUGGCAUUUUUGUUUCUCCAAGAGGACGCCGUCGCCAAAGCCUUCCGAGUCAGCCGAACAAAUAGUGGUCGUCGACGGGUCAAGCAAAUCACGAAUAACCCGUCAGGAAUUGAUGGAACAGCUGAAACAAGAUAUCGCCGAGUUUUAUGCAUCCUUUCGACGAAGGUAUCUUGCUUUACGACGAAAACAUAUCGAACAGAUUAAGGAGUUCAGGAGAGAACGCAGUGGUAAUCAAGACACAGAGUUUAGAAGACUAACGGAGUUAGCAGCAAAUCGAAGAGGACAUUACGUGGUGACAAAAGACGCAGAUAUCAACUCGAUAUUUGAAGGAAUGGACAUGACAAUAUUCGACAAAAGAAGCAGCAACAGAUGGUGAACUGACACUAAGGAAUAAACAGUCCCAUCCAGAUGUUUGCUGAAAAAUGAUGAUGUCAACGAUUAAUAUUCCAAGUGAUGGAAUAAGCCAUUUUCGAUGCAUUAAAAUUCAAACUUGGCUCCGAGGUUUGGGGGAAUAAACAAAAGAGAUUACAUCAAGGUUGAAGGCUGGCUGAGUCGGAGUCAUGGUAGAAAUCUAAUGUAUUCAAAAUGACCUAUUAUAAAAAAAUUAGUGAAAAUAUGACAGUUUGACAUAUGUCAUUUAGAGCUGCUCUACAAACAUUUCCAUGCAAAUUUUACACGUUAACUUUAUUUCUAGAUUAGGGAACCGUGACAGGAGGCUCUAAAAGAUGCAAAUUUAGUUAGAAGUACCCUUAUCAAAAACAAGUAAUCUUUACACAUUUCUCGCCCAGGUAGCAUCUUGGAAAUGUCAAGAGAAAAUAAUGGCACCAUUAUUUUUUAUUGGAAACGUGUAAUUAUGCAAGUUAUAACAUCAAGUUUUGCCGCUCACGUCUUUCGCACACUAAAAAAAAUUUACUCCAGCGCCCAAAAUGACGUAAAUCAUGUGUACAAGAAAAGAUAUUCACAACAUUGUAAUUUAGCAAGCCGUUUUAUAAUAAAAGCAGAAGAAUUGACAAAAUAUGUUACAGUGGAUCAGUGCAUGGUUAAUAUAUGCAGCUGAGUGCCGUCUCUUUAAGAUGCAGUUAACUUAACUGGCUCGUUAGGCUCUUCUGUUUCAUUCAA